AUGUUCUCCCUCACAAACUUUCUGGCAAUAGUAGCCUUCGUCCUGGCCAUUGCCAGUAACGCUCAAUCCGUCUCUGUCUCGACUACCACCGUCUUCGUUACGACCGACACAUGCGCGACAUCGACUUCCCUAGCUCUCCCUGCAGCAGAGUCAUCAUUCUCCAGUGCGGUCCCGCCAGUGCCGACCUCCAGCAGCACGACCCCGCCAAAGCCUUCGGUCUUCCUCACCACAGUAGAUAUCCCCCAGGGAAUCAGAUUGCAAAUGAUGGGUGGGAAGGGUCCCAAGGUCAAAGAACUGAUGGAAGGCCCGGGACUGUCUGGUCCGGCGAAGGUGAAUCUGAAUGGAUCGUCUUACUACAACUGGAAUCUAUAUUUCGCUGCGCGGGGAAGCACAUGGUUAGAGAGAAUAUUCUCGCCCGGUGCAAAAUUGGAUUGCGCUCCUGUCGUCCCAGACCCCGCCAAACCAUACCUCACAAUCUACCCUCGCGGAGUCAGCCUCGAGUUCACCACCGCCCUCUUUGGUGGCAAGUCUUUCGGAUCGGAGGAACCAGCGAUUAUCGAUGGCCUGAUCCUCAACAAGUAUGACAAUGUCGAGUUUGUCGUCAAGACUGACACGCACAGCUACAAGUGCACAGUAGGAACGCGCGGGCUGAAAAGCCAAAGCAAGGACGUAACCUUCGAGAUCACCCCACAGGCUGCCUCGGCAGGCGGAGACGUGAUUCCCAAGACGUUCGAGGCGAAAGAGAACCCAGACUCUGAGACUCGUUUCGCCUGUGCUUUAUCGACGGGGCAGCUAGUCUUGCAGCGCAAACACAGCAUGGGCCUCGAUGGGAUUCGCACUUUUGCAUCAGCCGCCAGCGACGUCGCAAUGUUCUGUCUCGCAGCGCUACUUUUGACCAUGACCGCGUUGGUCUGUUCUGUCAACGCUCAAGUCAUCUCGAGCACUACAGUGACAGUCACGACCGUUCUUUGCCCGUCUUCAUCGUCUGCGACCCCCUCCACCAGCACACUACCUGGCGAGUUUCAACAGACGUCGACAAGCAAUACAGGCGUCUCUUCCGAGUCCUCUACCAGCGGUAGUCUCAGCUCAGUAUCAUCUGGCAUCCCUACCUCGUCGAGCACCGCGGCACCUAAGCCCGUUUCGACCUUUGUCGUGGCGAUAGACAUUCCCCAGGGCUCCAAAUUCAGAUUGACAGCCUGGACUCCUGGCAAAGCCGCCGAGGUCGCCAGUCGGGGCGAUAUAUCUGGUCCCGCGAAGAUCUCUCUGACUGAGUCAGACUUCUAUGGCAUGAACAUAUGGAGCACUAGGGUCGAGGGGGUGUAUUUGCAGCAGUGCCACCUUCCUACAGAUGCCAAUAUCGCCGAUCAGUCAUUCGUAUUCGACAGCACUGGAACGAGGGUAGCGGGGCCGGAGAACAGAUUGUACUGUGAGCAGGCUGCACUGGACCCGGCGAGUGGGCCGUCCAUCACCCUUGACCCCCGCGGUGUCUCGAUCAAGUUUACGAAACCUGCGCUGUUUGGAGGUGAUAUUUUUGCCUCGAUGCGACAGGCAGUAUUCAGAGGUGUCGUGGUGGAUGUAUGGGAUAACGUUGAGUUCGUCAUCAUAACUGAUAGAUUUAGCUACUCCUAUCACUGCGCCCUUGGUUCAUCCGCUGACCAUCCACAGUGCCAGAUCGGUACUCGAGGCAGACAAACGCAGACGAAAGAUGUCGUCUUCACGAUUCAGCAGAUGGCGAUCCCUACCGAUCGGGAUCUCGACUCGAUAGCACACGACUGGCCCGCACAGGAGAACGUGGGAGUCAAGUGCGCGCGGAUCAAAUCUUGA